CGCCGAGCGAGAUGAGCGCGGGCGCAGACGGCGGUGGUGGCGCUGCAGUGGCGGUGUGGUCUGCUGAGGGCAGUCCCCGGGACGAUGGUUUUGUCCCCUCGGCCCUGGGGACCCGCGAGCAGUGAGUGUGGCCCAGGUUGGGAUGCUGUCUAUGAGAGAGAACUGCAAACUUUCCGAGAACAUGGAUAUACAGGAGAAAUCUGGUUUGGAGAAGAGAGUAUGAAUCGAUUAAUAAGAUGGAUGCGGAAACACAAGAUUCCAUUGGAUGCUUCAGUGCUUGAUAUUGGAACUGGAAAUGGUGUUUUCCUGGUUGAACUUGCAAAAUUUGGUUUCUCUAAUAUUACUGGAAUUGAUUACUGUCCCUCUGCAAUUCAACUUUCUGGAAGUAUUAUAGAAAAAGAAGGUUUAUCUAACAUUAAAUUGAAGGUAGAAGACUUCUUGAGUCCUUCCACCAAACUGUCUGGAUUUCAUAUUUGUAUUGACAAAGGGACUUUUGAUGCCAUUAGUCUUAAUCCUGACAAUGCAGUUGAGAAGAGGAAGCAAUAUGUGAAAUCUCUCUCCAGGGUGUUGAGAGUAAAAGGCUUUUUUCUAAUAACCUCAUGCAAUUGGACCAAGGAAGAGUUGCUUAAUGAAUUCAGUGAAGGAUUUGAAUUUUUCGAAGAGCUGCCAACACCCAAGUUCAGCUUUGGAGGUAGAUCCGGAAACAGUGUAGCAGCCCUGGUUUUCCAGAAAACGUGAGGCUUUUCCUUGGACAAAUUCAGAUAGAUUUUUAAAGAAGCUACACAACAAAGUUGAGCUGACACAGAAAAUGCAAGUGCAAAUAAAUGCUUAGUAAGUACAUAGGAUGCAUGUGUUGAGUAGAUAUAAUGAGUUGGUAAAAAAAAAAAAAUUCAUAAACAUGUAAGUGGCAGGGUUUUCUCCAUUAAUCAAGAAUAAUUUUUAAUUUUCUUUUGUAUUUGAAAUAUAAAUGUCUUUCUCUUUGAUUAAAAAAAUUUCCUAUAAUUGCUGAACAGUUAAGCUUUAAAGUAGUAAAUGAAUUUACAGAAAGCAUGUAUUCUUCACUUCUGUGUGUUGGUAAAGUUGAAUCAAAUAUAGCUGUUUAUGAAAAUUUGACCAGUAUUAUUCUAUUUUAGCAGUAGAAUAAUAAGCGAAACAGCUUUCUUAGUGUUACACUUGGUAUUAGACCAUUUAUGAAAUAUAAAGAGAAAUACUGUUUUGGGUUGAAUGGUGGUUAUUUUUAAAAGCAUUUGAUACCUGACAAAAGGGCUCUGGUCUUUACCCUGUAUGUAAUUAAACAAAAAUCAGAGAAAUGUGGCAGUUGAUGAAGAAUUUAUUGAGCCUGUUUUGUAGCUGAUGGUCUUACACACCCUGUGAGUGAUAGCAGGUAGAAGGAAAGAGAACCAAGGGACAUUGUUAUAUGCUAGCACUAUGUUAUCUUAUUAAAUCAUUGAUUCCUUCCAAUAUCUUCUUGAAACAGAAAUAUUACAAUUAAAUACAAGAUGGAAUAGGAUUUUUGUCUGAUCUAAAAACACUUUCACUGCUGGUGUAUUCUGCCUCCUAGGUGCUAGUCUCUGCUUUUUUUUUUUUUCUCGAGACAGUGUCUCAUUAUGUCACCCUCGGUAGAGUGCUGUGGCAUCACAGCUCACAGGAACCUCAAACUCUUGUGCUUAGGCGAUCCUCUUGCUUCAGCCUCCCAGGUAGCUGGAACCAUAGGCUCCUGCCAUAAAACCUGGCUAUUUUUUUGUUGUAGUUGUCGUUGUUUGGCAGGCUUGGGCUGGGUUUGAACCUGUCAGCCUUGGUGUAUGUGGCCAGCACCUUAACCUCUGAGCUGUGGGUGCCGAGGUGAGAUAUGAGGUCUUAAGUUGUAGAAACAUGAAGGUUUAUAAUUUAUUGAGGAGAUUUGGUCUUUGUUGCUUUUUUCACAUUAAUGUUCUUUGAUUUCAAAUAUAAUAGUAAAUAACUACUCUUAGAAUUUUGAGUCAAGUAUAUGCUAUUUUAAAGAACCAAUCUAAAGGCCACAAGCAGUGGCUCUUAAUCCUAGCACUCUGGGAAGCCAAGGUAUAUUGAUUGCUUCAGCUCAAGAGUUUAAGACCAGCCUAAGCAAGAGUGAGACCUUCUCUCUAAAACGAGCCAGGCAUCUUGGCAGGUACCCGUAGUCCCAGCCACUUGGGAGGCUGAGGCAAGCGGAUCACUGUGGCGCAAGAGUUUGAGGUUGUUGUGAGCUUUGAAGCCACAGCACUCUACCAACAGUGACAAAGUGAGACGCUUGUCUCAAAAAAACAAAAACAAAAAAACUCUAAUCCAACAAAACAGGCUUUCAGUGUGACUAGACCGACAUAUUGAGUUUGAUUAACAGAAAGGUUGGAAUGGGUCUUUGUUACAAAGGUUUUUGAGUCCUUAUGUGGGGCAUGCUUGUUACAUUUGCAAAGGUGAAGGGGGAAAUCUGUGUGUCUGUGUGUGUGUGUGUGUGUGUGUGUGUGCGCGCGCGCGCAAACAUGGAGGUGUUGAGAAGGUUAGGAAAAGGAAAUUGUCUCUUCUUAUCACUUUACUCCUGCUGGAAACCAUCCCCUUAGAGAUUAAAAUCAGAAAAAAUGAAAGUAAAAAAAUGCCAACAAGAAAUUAGUAAUUUGAAAUAAUACCGAACUGCUUGAAAACUAGGCCAGUAAAUGUCCCUGAGUUACUGAAACAAGUCGUAAAUACAUUAUUAUUGAACUUAGUAAUAUUAAAUCAUACAAAUAUGUGGGUAACUGAAAGAAAAUACACAGCAAUAAAAAGGAGCAGUAAGCUAUGUGUGUGAAUACUGUUUUCUGUGGAUAAGAAGUGGAAUUGUAAUUUCAUUUCAUCAAAAGACACUUAUUUUGAAGAAACUUGUUUGAAAUGCAAACGAGUUCUCCUUGGGGCCUGCAUAGAAUUGUUGCUUUUCACUAUGAUGUUAUUGCUGCCUAACAGGCCACUUCUGUGUGUAGGAAGUAAGUCUGCAAGUCCAAAGGGAAUUGAGGCCUGAAUGGGCUGGUUACACCAAUUAACAAAUAGAAAGUUUUUAGAACAUUUUGUUUUAAGCCAGGUGCACAAGUUAGAGUUGCUUUUUGGGACUGGCAUUUAUGUAUAUGAGAAUCAAACCUGACAUCACUCUCGGCAGCUUGACUAAAGCCAUUUUAAAAUAAGUA